GCGGUCUCUUCUCCAGCCCUGCCAGAGCCAAUCCGCGACUGGGUGUAAGUAGGGCAAGCCGCUUCCUGGUUCUCAGAAAGAAGGAGCAGGGAGUCGGAGUGGGCCAGCGGAGGCAGCAGACAGGGGGGUCAGAGCCAGUCCAGAGAACCGGCGGUCUGCAGAGAGAUAGCGAGAGGGAGGACCAAGAAGAAGAAAAAAAGUAAAACGCCGACGCACGAUUUGGCGAAGAUUAAAACCUCCCGGGUGUCGAGCUGAGGACGACAGGAUAAGUGACCCCCGUCAGAGAAGAGAGGAGCCGGGAGCAUAAAAAAGAAGAAUAAGAAUAAGAAGUAGAAGAAGUAGGCAGGGUGGGACGGAAUAAUCCAGGAAGUGUGGAGGCCGGGUCAGGUGGGAGGCGACGAGUCUAAACAGGUGACACACCGGCACUCAGGUAACUGUCUCACCUGACUGCCGUCCAUUUGACAGAAGAUUAUAACACACCUGUGUAUGACCCCUGCUGACCUCUGAGAUAAGAAACAGAAGAGGAGGGGGACGAGCAAGAGGCAGAAAAAAGCAGGCACCCAUCUUCUCCUGGGUUUAUGGACUGGAGGUGGCGAUGUCUCCAGGAGAGGAUGGUCUGAUUGGGAUCCCCUUCCCGGAGCACAGCAAUGAGCUCUUGUCCCACUUGAAUAACCAGAGGAGGGCAGGACUCCUGUGUGACCUCACUCUGACAUCCCGCGGGGCGCGCUACCCGACCCACCGCUCUGUCAUGGCUGCCGUCAGUCUCUACUUCCGCCAGCUGUUCGGGGCAGAGGAGGGAGGCGGUGAGGGUGGAGGUGGUUUCAGCGUGUGUCAGCUGGACUGCGUGGCGCCCGACGCCCUGGACGCCCUGCUGGAGUUUGCCUACACUGCCACCCUGACCAUCCCAAGCUCUGGGAUGAGAGAUGUGCUGCGAGGGGCUCAGCUUCUGGGCAUCCAAUGUGUGGCUGACGCGUGCAGAGACAUCCUGGGGGAGACAGCGGAGGCAGAGGGGGAGACAGCAGAGGAGCAGAGAGCCCAACACAUAGCUACUGAGAGGAUUGCGCAGGAGAGCAGGAUAAUGAAAGGGUCCCGAAGAAAAACAGACAAACUGAGGGUGAAAAAAGUUGGGUCGCAUCACAUCAACUCCUCUGCUUUGAACCCCCCAUCUGCUUCUCCCGUCUCACACCCUUCACCUGCAUCCGACAGCUUCCGUUCCCUGCCUUCAACCCAGCCACCCAGUCCAGAACAAGAUGAGCUUCACCACAAAUCUGGGCAGAACGGAGAUCCCAAGGCGAUCAGAGAGCCAGGGAGAGGAGCCACACUUAACGGAGGGCUCCUUCACUGGCUCCAUGAGCGCCCUCGUAUAGCCCAUCCACCUCCUGUCCCGCCCUUGAAUGAUAAGCUGUCAGAAGAUGACGACUUGGAGGGUUUUGGCGACGAUAGUAUGCUGAUGGGAAGCACCUCCAUACCUACCUCUGUAGCUAAUCAAGGGGUGGCGGCAUCAGCAGGGGCAGGUGGGAGGAAGAGGAAGUCUCAGACACCCCAGCAGUGCCCUGUUUGUCAGAAGAUCAUCCAUGGAGCAGGAAAACUGCCCCGGCACAUGAGGACACACACUGGGGAGAAGCCCUUCCAGUGCUCGGCCUGUGGAGUCCGUUUCACCCGGAAUGAUAAGUUGAAGAUCCACAUGAGGAAACACACAGGCGAGCGCCCCUACCCCUGCCCACACUGUUCUGCCCGGUUUCUCCACUCAUACGACCUCAAAAACCACCUGUCCCUCCACAGCGGGGCGAGGCCCUUCGAGUGUCCACUCUGCCACAAGGCCUUUGCCCGAGAGGACCACCUCCAGCGUCACCGCAAGGGACACAGCUGCCUGGAGUUGCGUACACGCCGGCCCAGACGGGGGCCCGAGCAUGGGGAGGAUGGGAGAGGGGAUGGAAGUGGGAUGGAGCAGUCCAACCCGCUGGAGGCUAUGUCUUUACAGGCCCACUCCUCUGCGUUCCUCCCUCACGCCUUGCUGGAUGUUGGGAGUGCGACCGGCCCGCUGAUGUACCCAGCUGAUGUCGAGAGGGAGCGAUCUCUCGCCCUUCAGGCUUUUGCUCAUCUUGGGUCUCGCAGGCUGGCCUACCCUGAGCUCUUUCUACGAGGUCUGGAGCUGCGAGGGGGCAGGGAGGCAGAGGGAGAAGAUCCAGGAGGAACCCACUCUCCGGCUUCGCAACGUGAUCGAUGGGCAGAUGAAGUAGAGGAAGAAAUUGGAGAAGAGGACGUGGAAGAAGAGGAAUAGUGAAUAAAAAGAGAGAGAGUGUGUGUGUAUGUAUACAAGUGUGUGUCUGUGUGGUAAAGCAUCCACAGUAAAAAAAAAUAAAAAAUCUCACUCAGGUGGCUGGACUAAUGACCUGCUGCUCCCAUAUAGAGAGCACUUAAAAAACAGAAACAACUAAAUGAUAAAAAAGGAAAAAAAUGGAAAACGGGUUUUCUGAGAUAUUUUAAAUGUUUGUCUUCUGGCUCUUGGCAUUUGAUUUAAUUUUGUCUUUUAACUAUUAUUUCUUGUUUGCUCUUUAUUUUUAUGUAUUUCAGGUUUGAGCUGUUUGAUUUGAUUUUUCUAGCUGGAAGUGCGUGUGUGUGCGUGUGUGUGUGUUGAGUGUGUGGUUACCGGGAUGCUUUUCACUAUGCAAACUAAAAUCCAGAGCUGCAACAUAUAGGGAUAUUUUAAGAUGUAUAUUUUAGUUACAAUAUAAAUGUAUUGAUUCAGGUGCAAUUCAGAAGUCAUAUCACCUAGAUCACAAAGAAUGGCCACUGUCCCCUGGUGGUUAUCAGUGGAAAUGCAGUCUUAAUUAAUCCACGUUGUUCUGUACAUUGUAAGCAAUAAUGUUCUUUUCUUGUUUGUAGUCGAAUAUUUGCUUUGCUUUGGUGCUUAAACCAAAGAUUUUAGUUGAACUGUUCUCUUAAAUCUUAAGUUAACAGGAGAGGAGACAGGUGAAUUGUAGCCAAUGUUGGGUUUGAAGAGAGGAUUCUUCCCAACUGUUUUGAUAGCCAUGAGAAAGAAUCUGCUUCCAUAUUUGAGUGUUUCAGAGCCGCAGAGCUCUGUGUUUAAAUGCCUGACCAAAAGAGACAAAGUCUGGGUCAAUGAGUUGAUGUUGAUUAUGUUGAAGACGAUGCUUCUUUCCCAAAGGCUGUGGAUUUCAGUCUUCCAAUGCACUCGUUUGGGUUCCUUGUUUGAGAAAAAAAAAAAAACAAAGAAAAGGGGCAAAUCUUGCCUCUAUUUUCUGUACGUAUUUAUUUAUUGUUAUUUAUUAUGACUCUUCUGCUGAAACUCUUUUUUUUGUGAGACCAAAUCCUGGGUGGGGGCAAAAGCUCACAGUCCACUUCUCGUCUAAAUCUUACAAGCAGCUGCUUUGCGCUUAAGAUUUUGGCUCAACAUCUCCAUAUACCUAAACGCCUUCUUUUUUUAAAAAUGGGCUGCGUGUCUUCUUUUUGGCGAUUCUUCCUCAAAUGCAUUCUUUGCACAUUUAACCCCAUCAGGUACUGCAAUAAUACAGGCACAUUCCAUCCUCUGGGGUUGAGAGAAGGGAACAGAGCAAAGAAGUAGUCGGGGGGUUUAAAACCUUCAAUGUAACUGGAAAACAAACUUUGCUGUUUGACAUUUUCAGCAUGCUUCUUUGUUGGUAAUUCAACAUGUAUAGUACUGUAUCACAUGUUAUUGCAUGGCAGUUCUUAUAGAUCAGCCACCGCUGUGUCUAAAGGGGCCAUUAUCUUUUGAGUUAAUCUAUCUUCGACCAAAAACCUUUUUAGCUUCGUCAUGCUUUCCCUCGACCAGUGCAUUUAGGCCUUUUUGCAGGGUGCAAUGCAAUCAUUAAUGGCUGUAAGUGACAGCGGUUGUCUUUUUAUUUCCAAUCCUCUUGAAACCCUUGUAGUCAGAGCCUGGUGUAGCAGUCACACUGGUCUGGCCUUGUGUGCACUAUCCACUCCUUGUUGUGUAGUAAAUCUUUUUUUUUUUUUUUAAUUUCCAGUUUAUUUGCACUAUAUAUUUGAGAGCUUCAAGCCUUUUUGUCUGACCUUCAAUAUCUAGUCCAUUAACUCACUCGGUAUGAUUUAAGAUUGUGAUUGAAAUUGACUAUACUUCUUUAAAACCCACAUACGUUGAAUACUCUUCCUCCUGCAUAAUGUACAGAGUUAUAGUCAAUAUAAUAUAUAUUGGGAUGAAGUUGCCUUAGAUUUUUUUUUUUUUUUUGUGCUGCAACUAUUCUCAGGAAACCUUGAGCAAUGCACUAAGUGAUUAUACAAAAUACAAAAUGGGAAGAAAUCGUUUGGUGCUGUAGGGCGAUUGACACUCCUCAUGCAAGUGUAAGGCCAGUGGUUUCAAAACAAGUGAUUUUGUAGAUUUUGUAUCAUUUGACGUUUGAGUAAGUAAACGAAUGAAACCUAUCGUGAAAUGAAAAUAAGGAGAGAGGGAGAUAAUAGUGGUGAAAGUAAACUACUGGCCUUACGAGAACCAGUCCUGCUGGAUUGUCAGUAUGGCAGUUGGUCCUGUUCAUGAAGGGUGUUGGUGUUCCCAGUCAGAGCUUUGUGAAUGAAUGAGGGUUAACUGAUGCCAGCUGUGAAGUGUGUGUUUCUAUGUGAGCUGUUUGUUUUCUUGGCUUCGGUGAAGGGACACGGGGUCCGGUCUGAAUAGAGACCCCGCUAUCAGGGAUACAUUUUUGUCUUUCAGUUUUAGUGGAACCUUCUCAGAGAUAUGAAUUCAUUUCCCCAUAAUUUGUUUAAGUUAAUGUAAAGAAAAUAAAUAAAGAUCUCUAAGCUUG